GAUCCUGCCGCACCUGUGGCUGCCGGCCUGUAAUCCGAAGUCAGGUUCGGUAAAACGACACUUAAGAUUCGAAAUCCAAAAAUGUUGUAUAAUUGUUAUAAAUCAGCCUGUAACACUGGUUACUGAAGGAUCGGGGUGUAUUAACCUCUGCUGAAAUAGCCCGGUUCUGUCCCGGGAUGUUGGAGACGUGCGCACCAGCCGCGUUGCUGUGUGUCAUUUCUUGCUGACGUUUUUCCAACCCCACCUUUAAAAAAAAGCGAAAGAAAAAGGAGGCUCCGUUUCUCAUUUACACUUGUAGAUACUUUUUUUCCCAGCAAGACAGGACAGCGGCAGCGUGAACUUGCCGGGACAUAAGGGGCAGCCGCGAUGGCCGAAUCCCAGCUACUUUGCAUGGACGAUAAUACAGUGAAUGAAAAUAUAACAGAGAACAAGCCGCAGUUUUAUUAUAGCGAGGGUCAGCGGGCGGCACUAGAGAAACUCCUGCAGGACGGGGACGGCGCCUUCAAGGACCGGCUCCAGGAUGACGGCGUGAAGGACUUUCUGUGCGCCCGGGAGAUCAAACUGAUCCGGGAAACUUUCCGGGAGUAUGAAGAGGAUCGGACGGAGAAGCGGGAGCGGGCUGGGUCUAAAGCAGAGCGGUCCACCUACUGGCCCGAGCUUUCGGACACCGCGGUGCCGCCCCUAGACAUCGGGUGGUCGGACGGCGGCAAGUAUAAAGGCAUGACUCGAGUCAAUGUCUACACUCAUCCCCCGAAGGAGAGGGAGCCUUUUAUCAAGGAGGUGGUCCGCAAACUGAUCCAGGAGUCCCGAAAGCUGUUGGCAGUGGUCAUGGACCUUCUCACGGACCUGCACAUCCUGCAGGACCUGCUGGACGCAGCAUCCAAGCGCAGGGUCUCGGUUUACAUCGUGCUGGAUGCCAGGGGGGUGCCACACUUCCUGGAUAUGUGCACCCGGCUGCAGAUCAGCGCUAUGCACCUACAGAACCUCCGUGUGCGGACGUUGGAAGGCUUUGGGAUGGCCUUGACCCAGGGGAAGCUCCCCGGCUCUCUGUGCAAUAAGUACAUGCUGGUGGACGGGGACAAGGUCAUGUUCGGAUCCUACAGCUUCACUUGGAGCUCGUCGCGGCUGAACCGGACCAUGAUCACGCUGAUGACGGGACAGGUGGUGGACUUCUAUGACCAGGAUUUCCGGGAGCUGUACGCCGUCUCUGAGGAAUUGGACCUUUACCGGGAGUUCCAUAUCUCCAAGCCCUCCAUGUCCAUGUCCAACCGCUCCACUCUGAAUCGCAGGCCCCCAUCUGUGAUGUCCACUACCCGCUUCCAGGUGAGCCUCGGGGAUCCCCGGCAGAUCAAUCCCCGGGUUCCUGCUCACAAGUACCACAAUCCCAAGUACUUGCUUGCGGUGGGGGGUUCUCUGAGCCAUUUGGGGCACACCAACGACGCCAUUAAAGGAGAGGAGCAGCCUGAAAUCAAAGGCUCCGAGUUGGUCCUUCAGAAAUUCCUACAGUCCAACGAAGAGCCAGAAGAUCUCACCCCACCCCCCGAUGAAACCCCCACACCUCUGCCAGAGCUUAAAAAGGCUUCCAGGAAGACCGAGGAGUCCUUUACCAAAAAGCACCGCACCUCCUUAAAGUUCAGCCUCAAAAAAGGUCGUCAAAACUCUGUAGCCAACAACGUGAACUCACCCUCGGGGUCCUCCUCAGCCGUAGAGGGCGCCAUAACAAUGGAGAAGAGACCUGGUCCACAGGGGCCCGAGCAGAAACUGCCGUCCAAGGGCAAAGCCCGGAAACUGAGCCAAAACAGCACAUCUCUGCAGGCAGCUACCUCUACCGAAGAUGACGGGUCGAAGGAACAGAAGCAGUCCUCAAAGAGGCAGUGUGCAGUGUCCUGAAAUGACGGAUGUGUGGGCAGAUACUCGCUGGCAUCUUCUUUGCAGAAACAAGAAUUUGAAAUGAGAAACUUGAACGGGUAUCAGAGCUACUUAUGGUACAAUAAUGCAAUAUAUUUUACUUUAAUUUGUGGACAGCCAGGCUGGUUGGUAAGUUUACAUCGUCAUGUGCUGGUACAUGAUCCUCAACGCUUCAGUCGUGAAAACGGCAUGGAGUCACAGAAAUGUUAUGGUUCAAAACCUGAUUGGUUUUGUGCCAAAGACCUUAAAAAAGGAGAAUCGUGGUGCGUAAAAUAGUAUUUCUCUGUUUACUCGGUGGACAUACAUCGGUGAAUAAAGGUAGCUAUUUUUGGCCAGUCUUACCAUAACCUGCCUGCAGAGGGCAGCCUCCAUCGCCAAGGGGACAAAGCCCCUUCGCAAGGCGAUAGUGUUAAAAAUAAUUGGAUUGGGUAUAAGGUUUGGUUUGACUUUUCCACACUGAACAGUGAAACAGGCAUUCCCUUGGGUUAACCUAGUCAACAGUCAACUUCAACUGUUUGAAAAAGUGUCUGUCAAACAGGAAAAAAACGAUCUUGGAAACGAUUGUUCAGGUCAAAUGCUGAAAAAGCUUUGAAAUGAAGUUAAGCCAUAUGUGUAAAAUGUUUUAACCGCUAAGACGUUAAGUCGGAGGUAGCUGCCAUCUCGGUGAUCGGUUAAUGAUAUUCUUGGUGAGAUGUUUCUUUUUCAUUUUUCACUGAACGGCUGGAUUGUGAGGAUGUAAAGCAGCUCAGGGUGUGAAGUGCCCCAACAGGAAGGGGCCCUGUCAGGGGAAGUUUGCAUCACAACUUCAUGCUGUAUAAUUUAACAACAUGCCAUCUUCUCUGUACUCAUAAUGCAUUCGUAUUAUGUUUCAGCUUUUACUAGAGAGAAUGUUGACAAUUUCAUCCUGAAUCCUAAGGGUUUUAUUUAAUAAAUUAGACCAAUGUUUUGAUACUA